CCACAGCACGUCUUGCAGGGUUUGACGUGACAGCAUUAAAUAAUUGAGAGCUGGGAACAUGAGCGGACAUGUUCGCGUGUGUUCAGUGUAUGCGCUUUAAAGUUGCACACCAAAGCAGGCGAGGUUUGGAAGAAUUUACUUUCUCCGUUUCACUUUCACAAAGAGCAGACGAGCCUGCUUUAAGUGGGGCGGGGGGGGCGGGAGGAUGUGAAGCGAACUCCUACUGCUGCUGGCCUCAGACAUCAUGGACACGGGCACAGAGAGCAGACUCCCGCAGGAGUCCUGCUGCUUUAACAGGACUUUUUCCACCCUAACUGUCGAUGAUGUGUACGAAAUAGCCAAGCUGGUCGGCGCUGAGGUGGAGAAGCUUAUCGACGGCUACGGCAAAGAGAGCGUGGAGGGUCUGGUUCCGAAGAUAGUGAAGGUGCUGGAGCUGCUGGAGAGCUUCGUCUCCGGCAACCAGUCGCUCUGUCUGAGGGAAGAGGAGCUGCUGAAGACGUUUGAGCAAAUCCAGCUUCAGCAGCAGAAGAAGCGCUGGGGGAAGGACGGCGAGGAGGGCUACGAGAAAAAUGAAAUCCGGGAGCUGCAGCAGAAGGAGGAACAGUGGGAGAGGAGAUGUGAGGAGCUGCAGGCCAGGUUGCAGAAGCUCCAGGAUGAUAAGAAGGAGCUGAAGAGCAGACUGGAGGGCACCUAUGCCCAGGAAGAUCGUGCUCAGAGGCAGGAGCGGGAGGUGAUGCUGAAGCUGAAGGGGGUGGUGGACAAGCAGAGAGACGAGCUGAGGGCGAAAGUCCAGGAGAUCGCCACAGUCUCCAAAGAGGUGGAAGCGCUCCAGGAGCAGUUGGACCGCUUCAUGAAGAUGAACGAAGAGUUGCGGCACAAGCAGAACGUGCUGCAGACGCAGCUGAAGAGCAUGGUGGAGAGGAAGGCCGACGUGGAGACGGACCUGAAGGAGAAAAACAAGGAGAUAGAAAGGCUCCAAAGACAGCUGAACAAAGCCAACGCACAGCUGAACAAAGCCGACGGAAACAGCUCUCUGCCCAGUCCAAGUCAAACUGCUAAAGAGUCGGCCGAAAAGCCAACCGUUGAGCAGAACGACUUUGAUCAGCCGUGCUUCACAAAGAAGGAGGUGCGGGACAUUCUGUUUGAGAGGAACGAGCUGAAAACCAACCUCUUCCUGGUGCAGGAGGAGCUCAGCUACUACCAGAGGGAGAUUUUGAAUGAGGAGAGGUGUCCAGGCUUCCUUUUGGAAGCUGUCCGAUCGGCAAUCAAAGAGCGGAGGAAGCUGAUAAAGGCGAAGAUGCUGGGGAUUCCACUGAGCGACUGCAGCAUCAGUGAUAAGGAAGAGACGGGUUCCCUGAACGGGCAGACAGAAGUGGAUCACUCAGAAGUAGACGGGCCUAGCAAACCAGCUGAGUCACGCAUUCGGCACCUCUUCGGCUUUCUGACGCGCGCGGGCAGCAUCAGGAACCCCACCCACAUGAGCAACUCUGCCUCCAGCUGGGAGAUCCUGGGAGAAACGGAGGCCAGCGAGGAGACGGAGCCACAGCCGACUUCUUAACGCCGGUCGGGAGAGGCUGCUGCGAGGUUCCUCUCUGCUUUCAGCCGCUCCUCCCCCUCACCCUGCAGCUCGUAGCAGAGCACCUGUUGGUUCAGAGAAAGUUAUUUUAGCGCUCCUCGUGCUUGGGUGAAACAAAACUAAGUAUCUUAGGAGAAGACAUAGUAAUAUGUCAGUAAUUUUAAUAAACAAACCCUCUAACUCUCACUUUUCAGCUGUCUUUCAGUCAUGACUUUUGCUCAGUAAGAGCUUAGACACUGAUUAAGUGGUACUAAUGUAAAUGCAAGAGGGACAUGUUUAAACUCUUAAACCUUUUUUUUUGUUCAGCAAUUAAAACAAUCAAGUGUAUUUAUACUUAUAUACGAGAAACAUUUAAAUAUUUUUAAUUAUGGAGAAAUCUAACAUAGUAUAUAUUUUUAUAUUUAUCUUCAAAUAUAUUUAGCUAAGACCAAAGACAGGAAGAUCAUUUAAUUUUUCUCAGUUUUUUCACUGUUGGUAGGCAAAUGCCCACAUGAAUAUUGGACACGUGCUAAAAAACAAAAAACAACUUAUUUCUAAUUUUACUGGUUUGCUCUUGAAUUUGUGAAUUGUUCAGUUGAAGUAUUGACCUAUAUUGUAUGAUAGAAGUUUGUCAUAAUAAGAAGCACUUAUCUGUUCUAUAUGGUGGCAUUUUAUUUCAGGUGAAUAUAUUUUUUCCUUAAACUCUGUAGUAAAUUCUUAGGUUUAAUAUCUGUCAUGAUUUUGGGAGCUUUAAUCCACAGGAAAAAUAGAAAACUUUUUUUUUUUUUUGCCUCUGAAUCAUUUUAUUUCCUCUUUCUUUCUGGUAGCUCUAGCAUUUUUACCCCUUACGCCUUAACUUACUGUUUAUAUCGUUUAAGAUGUAUUUUUCUGCUGCUACGUCAUUCAUUAUUUGAACAGAGCAACAGUAUUGGCCGGUGUGUAUUGGAUAUUUGGUGCCCUGAUUGGCUGUUAUCCAAGCUUCUGGAUAGUCAUGACUUCAUUUUGAUGCGUGCUUUCAAAGCCACCACUUCCAGCUAACAUGCAGGGAUGAAGUCACCACUUUUACUUUGUCUAGCCCCUCCUCCUCCCUACUCAUACAGGCCAGUGGCUUAUGUCAUUGAGGGACAAACGGUGAACACCCAAAGAGGACUGUCUUCUGAAAACAAAGUUUGGAGUUUAUUUUUGUAAGCAUGUUUGUAACCGUUUGCAGACAUACAUUUUACUGGAUGUUACAUAUCUGCAAAAUCUGGAUUCUCAAUAAAAACAUGAAACAUAC